AUGCCACCGCCUGCACCACUCCCCAACAUCGACUGGGCCCGCCUGGGCCUGACGGUUGCCGAUAUCGUCAACGGCCAUGUAGAAACCACCUGGUCUUCCGAAAGGAAUACCUGGACGGCGCCAACCUUUGUCAAGGACCCCUAUCUGCGCGUGCACGGCCUGUCCCCCGCGCUCAACUACGGCAUGCAAGCCUACGAAGGCCUCAAAGCCAGCCGCAGCCCAGACGACACCAUCACCAUCUUCCGCCCAACCUUUCACCACCGGCGUCUGGUGCAGUCAAGCGCAGCCGUCUGCCUGCCCGCAGUCCCCGAAGACGUCUUCCUCAGCAGCAUCUCCCUGGCUGUCCGUGGCAACGCGGAAUUCGUCGGCCCCGGCGACUCUGCGGCCGUCCUCUAUCUCCGACCUGUAAUCUUUGCUUCCGCGCCCCAGUUGGCAUUGGAGCCGUCCCCGACGUGUACGUUGGCCAUAUACGCGCAGCCGGCGACGACAUACCACGGCGUGCGGCCGGUGCCGUGCCUCGUUCUCGACAAUUUCGACCGGGCGGCCACGCGCGGCACCGGCUACGCCAAGAUUGGCGGCAACUAUGCGCCCGUCAUCAAGUACAGCCAGGAGGCGAAGCAAAAGGGCUUCCCUAUCACGCUGCAUCUGGACAGCAAGACACAGGGCGAGAUUGAAGAAUUCAGCACAAGCGGGUUCGUGGGUGUCUUGAAGGGGGGUGAUGACCAGGAGCGCCCCCGGGCCACGCUCGUGGUCCCAAACAGCACACAAAUCAUCGACAGCGUAACCAGCGACAGCGUUUUGGUCAUUGCCGAGGAAUUGGGCUACACGGUGGAGCGGAGGGUAGUCAAAUACUCGGAGCUCGGGCAGUUUGACGAGGUUCUUGCGUUGGGAACUGCCGCCGGCGUUCUUCCCAUUUCUGCGAUUGUGAGGGAGAGCACGAGCGACAGGUUCGAAUAUUGCCCAAGCGGUGAUGCUGGCCCUGUAGCGGUCGAGCUAGCCGGUGCGUUGACGGCCAUGCUUAAAGGUCGGGCAGAGGAUAAGAAUGACUGGCGAUACGAAGUCGUCUUCGCGGACUAG